AGACAUCAGGAAGUGCUGGAGAAGGCGAAGACCGAAACCCGAAAGGCUGAAGUUUGACUGACAAGUAUUUACUUUAUUUAACUACUUUUUGUGGAUUGUCCGCAAGUAUUCGACCGAGUAACUGUUGGAUUCGCGAAGAGCCGCCUCAAGAUGCCGAACAUGGAAAAACAUCUCUUCAAUUUAAAGUUUGCUGCCAAAGACCUCCAAAGAAACUCCAAGAAAUGUGACAAAGAGGAAAAAGUAGAGAAGGCUAAAGUCAAGAAAGCCAUCCAGAAGGGGAACAUGGAAGUGGCAAGGAUCCACGCAGAGAACGCCAUCAGACAGAAGAACCAGUCGGUGAACUUCCUGAGGAUGAGCGCUCGGGUAGAUGCUGUGGCAGCCAGGGUCCAAACUGCAGUCACAAUGAAUCAGGUCACAAAAUCUAUGGCUGGAGUGGUGAAAGGCAUGGAUGCCACUCUUAAGUCUAUGAAUCUGGAAAAGAUUUCAGCUCUCAUGGACAAAUUCGAACACCAGUUUGAAACUCUGGAUGUUCAGACGGCCCAGAUGGAGGACACCAUGAGCAGCACAACAACACUCACAACACCACAGAAUCAAGUGGAGUCAUUGCUGCAUGAAAUGGCUGAUGAAGCAGGAUUGGACCUGAACAUGGAGCUCCCUCAGGGACAGACAGGAUCAGUAGGCACCAGCGUGGCCUCUGCAGAACAGGAUGAACUCUCUCAAAGGCUCGCCAAACUCAGAGAUCAAAUGUGAGAGAGGACUUAACUGGACUGGCAGCAAUAUAGAGAGCUCUAGACACGCCGUACACUACCUGAAUAUUACUCCCAAACACCUUUUAUUUACAUCAUGCCUUUACUCCUCUUUACAUCUCAUGUGUCUCUCUCUCUCUGAAGGAGCUACUGUAUCAUUGUUUUGUUUUUUCCUCAGAUAAUGGCCCUCGUUGGCUCUGUGUUGAUCAUAACCUCACAGCGAUUAAAAUGAUUCUUUGGAUUAAACUAACUGCGGAGCCACAGAGUGGUCAGAUCAAAAUUAUUUUCUAAACUUGUGAAUGAAAUCGUAAAACAUGCAACCAAAUUAAUCAAAGCAUGCGCACGAAAUACAGUUUGUUUCCACAUGCGCACAAGGGAGCCAUGACAACAGACUACAAACUGUAUUUCGUGUGCAUUAUUUGACUAAUUUAUUUGCACAUUUAGAAAAGAAAAAAAAAAGUGAUAUUACCAUUCUGGGGCUCUGUACCUAACAGAACUGCUGGGUAUGGAAAUGUAUAAAGAGGAUCUAAUUCAACUUCACUUCUGAAAUCCAUACAAAAUAAUAUGGAGCGCAGCAGUUAUUACCCUGUAUAUUAUUUAUAGGCCAAUUCCAUAUACUUAUGGUGUGUAAGUUGAAAGUUUUGGAUGAUAGAAUACAGCUUUUCGUUCAUAUGAGCAUGACUGCAGAAAACGUGACAUAUAUGCAUUUUCUCUUCUUUCUAUCAGAGUGAAAAGACUUUCCCCUUUACUGGUCCCUGUGUUGAUUAGUUGUAUUUUAUGUCUGACAAAUAUUUUAAGAGGAUACCGGAUGAUUCGCCCGUGUGUUCGUCUGGUCAUCUUCAGCGUUUUCACUGAUUGUUCAGGAAGGGGUUACAGUUUGGAGACUAAGGAAACAAUAAAAUUUUAUAAUACUUUUA